GUGACUCCAAUGCCAAGUUUCCCUGCAAGUUUGACAGAAGUUUGAAUCGGGCUCGAGAGCUUUUUGCAGGCGGCGGAGCUGUGGCAGCCGGAGGGCUCGCUCGAGCGGCAGCAGCAGCGCCCCCAGUACCCCAACAGGGCAAGCCUGGAUCCCGGCCCGCCGACGCGUGGUCACGGUCCAAGACUGCCUGCAAGCUGCCCCGCGGGCCGCCAGCCUCCAGGUCAGCCCCAGCCCCAGCCCCAGCCCCCUGUCCAGGAGGCAGCUGAGCAGCGCGACCAGCCACCGCUCCGGCAGCAUGUCCACGACAGAGAGCUCCGGCCGGUCUGCGGACAAGGAUCCCCGGCAGCAGGUGGACCGGCUCCUCUCAGGGCUGCGAUGGAGUCGUCUGGAGGAGCCUCUGGGCUUCAUCAAAGUUCUCCAGUGGCUCUUUGCUAUUUUCGCCUUCGGGUGUUGCGGAUCCUACAGCGGGGAGACAGGGGCAACAGUGCAAUGCAACAACGAAGCCAAGGAAGUGAGCUCCAUCCUUGUUUUGUUCGGCUAUCCCUUCAGGUUGACCCGGGUCCAGUAUGAAAUGCCCCUCUGUGACGAAGAGUCUGGCUCCAAGACCAUGAGCCUCAUGGGAGACUUCUCAGCCCCUGCCGAGUUCUUUGUGACCCUGGGGAUCUUCUCCUUCUUCUACGCCAUGGCUGCUCUGAUUCUUUACCUCCGGUUCCACAACCUGUACACUAAGAACAAGCGUUUUCCUCUGGUGGACUUCUGUGUCACGGUCUCCUUCACCUUCUUCUGGUUGGUGGCAGCGGCAGCAUGGGGCAAGGGCCUGACGGACGUGAAGGGAGCCACCCGGCCUUCCAGUCUGAUUGCCGCCAUGUCCGUGUGCCACGACGGGGAGGUUGUCUGCAGCGCUGGGGCCACCCCCUCCAUGGGGCUUGCCAACAUCUCUGUGGGAGCCCGAUCUUCCGGAGAGCGAGUUACUCACUGGACAUAUGUUGACUAUAGAUCUGGAUACACACUGUUGUAUCUGUAUGAAGCCUUUCAGACCGCUAGGCUCUUUGGCUUCAUCAACUUCUUCCUGUGGGCCGGGAACUGUUGGUUUGUAUUCAAGGAGACCCCGUGGCACGGCCAAGGCCAGGCCCAGGACCAGGGUGCCAGCCAGGAGAGUGCAGCUGAGCAGGGCGCGGUGGAGAAGCAGUAAUUAGCCUUCUGCCCUCUCCUGCCCACCUCCCAACGGACAGCACCUCCUCCCCCGGCUUCUUCGGCUUCCUUCCAGGACUUCCCUACUCUUAUACCUCUCCCCUCCUUGCUGAUUCUUCUGGGCUGGGUGCUUGGGGACAAAGGAUGGGCUGGUCCCCCAACUCUCUCCUGGGGGCAGUCGUCCCUCUGAGCUCUCCAUCUCUCCCCCUCUGUUCACAGGCAGGGUCCCAGCCUGGGCAAGAACUCAGCUCUGUAUUUUCUGCCUGGCCUGGGGGUCCUCCUCAUCUCCUCGCUGAAUCUGAGGACCAGGGUCCUGCUGAACAGGGGCAGGUGGGAGGACAGAGAGGGGCACACAGCAACACUAAGGCCUGUUCCCCUUAGCAUCUUCUGGGAAUGGCCCAGCCCAGCUCCAAUAAUGAAGGUUUGGGGGAAGGAGAAAGGUACAGGAGAGGUGCUGGAUGGUGGAUUCUCCCUCAGAUGCAAGGGCCCGGCAGUGAUUUGUCUGCCUUUUAUCAGCUGUGGAGGGCCAGAUUCUCUGUGUCCCCUAUAUCAAACAAGGUUCCCAUUAUUUCCAUCCACCUCUCAGGUCUCUUGUUUCCCCAGGGGCCAAUCGGUCCAUACUGUCACCCAGGCAGGUCCCUACCUUCUACCCUUCCCCUGGGCCUAUCUAUUUGUGCAGAUCACGAGAGGCAAAGGCCGUGGAAGGAGAGCUGGCUAUUUCCUCCCUGCCUAGACAGAUAGGAACACGGGGUCCUGAACACACAGAGUUCUGGCAGGAACAACUCUGUAUGUUGGGAGGUGGGGGAGGUGUAGAAGAGGGGGAAGAAGGCUGGCCUAGAAAAUGGACUCUUCUUUAGUCAUCCCUGCUGAGGCCUGCAUUCUGUGUGGCAGAGGAAUUGUACCUUGGGCCUCCUCCUAAGGAGCUCCAGUUCUGGAGACCCCUGCUUCUGAGGGAACCCCUUCCCUGGGACGGAUGUUCUCCCUAAACUCAGAUGCCCUGUGCUAACUCUUCAUUCAGGCCAAAUUCACAAAGUGCCUACUGUGUGAAAUGUCAUUGUCCCUGUCCUCAGGAAGUUUCCAAUCUGUGAAGGAUGGGAUAAAACCCAAUUUGAGAUAAAGACAAUGUGAUAGAGGAAAAGAAAGAUUCAGACCACAGUGACUUGACAGAACACUCCCAGACCCUCACCUCAUCAAGCUCCCUUCCCAGUGCCUUGACUUCCAGAUUCAGACAUUUACUUGUGUCCUAUCAAUGGGGACUGAUUGACCCACAAAGAUUAUUCAGGCACUGACUAGGUACAGGCACUGUCACCAGAAGGCUCCCAGAGCUGCCUCAAAAUCUGAACUCCCCCAUCCCCUCUUCAUCCACUAUCAGUGGGCUCCUUGCCUUGUAUCCAUAGCUCUGCCUAAUCCUUUCUUCCAUUCCUGUGAUGAGGCCAGGUGAGAGGGGCUUUCCGAUGGGCCCACGGGACAUGCCCAGGAAUAUAUUCUAGGUUUCUCACACAGUGGGCUGGCCUGUUUCUCCCUUUCUGAGGCUUAUCUUAAGACUUCCUCCCUCUCCUGUUUCACAUUUUUGCCCUCUCCAGCUUCCCCUCCUCCCUCAGGCCCUAUCCCCUUCCCCAAUCCAGAACAGGCCGAUGUUAUUGGUGCUUCAUCACUUUGGGACCUUAUGUUCAGCCAUGACCCAGUUACACACAUGCCUCUGGUUCUCCUCUUCCUGACAUUUCUAGUAACCCCUUUUGUCUCCCCAAGGCUCUGUGUAAAUGGCUCGUAACCAGAACUUACUGGUUCUCUGAGAGUCCCAGGCCGGGGUCUGCAGGAUGAUGACUUCUCCCGUUUUCCUCUUUUCUCCCACUCCCAACCAAGAAACCUCUGGAUUGAUUUUACUCUGUUAUUUGCCCAAGAGCCUAGAAGUCAGGACUCCUGGGUUCUAACCCAGAUGUUGUGAUCCCCCAGGUUGAUCCUUUUCUCUCGAAAUGACCCCACCUAAGAAAGUACAAUAGAGCCCUUUGUGUGGGGGAAGAAUUUGGGGCUCUGAGAAUUGUUCUUUUCUUGACUUGGGAAGAGGCUUGGAGAAGGGAGAUAACAGAGACGAAGAGGGGUUUGUCCCCAGGCUCAAUCCUGGCCCAAGCUGUCCCCACAUACAUUUAGGACACCUGUGGAUGGCUCUGACUUCAGCCCCAGAGCCUCUGACAAGGAAUAGCAAUGUAAUCUUCUUUCACUUUUCUUCAAGCUAGCCCUAGUGGGGGGCUCUGUAAGCAGCGUCUACUGUGAUUUUGUUUGGAUUCUGUGUUAUGUAUUUAUUUAUUUGAAAUGUGAGAGAUAAAAAUGUUCCAAUGAGCUGGCUGCAUUCAGCACCUGACCCUUUACCAGGGAAGUGGGGUGUGCCAAGAACCCCCCACCCAUUUCUCUUUACUGCAUGGAGGCCAGCUUUCUCCUGGCCCCUCACUCAGGUCCCACUGAUGGGAGUCACAACACCCGUGGACUCUGCCAGGCAUCUAGUGAUCUUGGAGAAAGUCCUUCACUUCCCCGGGAAGCCUUAGUUUUACUGUCAUCUCUAAAAUAAGAGGGUUAGACUAGAUAAUCUCCAAAGACUCUUCCCCCUAAGUCUAUUAUCUCAGGAGCUCCCUGGGGUCACUUCAGUGGCUGAUUUGAUCUUAGCUAGAAUAGCCUAAUUUGGUCUCUUUGUGUGGCUGCCUUGUUCUCUCCCUGGGGUCAUCCCAAGGGAAUGAUCUCCUCCAUUUUUUUAUUACCUCCAGGAGGGGGACAGGACCUCACCGUCCUGGGCUCACCCCUCAGGACUCUUGUCCUUGGGAACGAAGGGUCCCUGCUUUGCAUAGCAGCGGGUGAGGAAGCCACAGGCAGCGGUUGGGGGCCAGUUCUCGGGUUGCUGCUGCAAGAGGUCAAACAAGCCGGAGAGCUGGUCAGCUGGGCCUUUUGCCCAGGGACCCUGCCCGGGUACCCGCCUCGGCCCUUUCCUGGGACACGAAGCCCCUGCCCCUCUACUUCAAGGGAGUGAUGUUGCAUGUUGUUUUCGGUGCUUGUUACUACAGCUUUGAAUAAACAGUUUGCCAUGGAA